GCUUUUGGCCCUCCACUACCAGCUCCACCAAACCACAGCACACCAGUCUUGACAUCAGCUCGACCAACCUUCCACUUGGACUCGGACACACUGCAUCGACAUCGCAGCCUCGCAUCACCUUCCCCCAAUCUGGCUACUGCGCAACGGCCCUUCUUAUACUUUGUGCCUACAACCAGCAGCCAUGCCUUCUUCAUCGCACCUCCGCAUCCAAACCUCCUUUGAGCCCUUCACGGCCGAGACCACUCGCUCUCACUUCGUCGCCGCACCACCAGCCAAGAAGCAAAAGAUGUCUCUCACCCAGACGUACUACAUUGCUGCCUCUGCCCGCUCCAAGCUCGGCAAGGAGGCAUGCAGGGCCGACCACAACCUCCGCCUGCUCGUCGGACACGCAAACCUCCUCGACAGCCUCAUGAUUGAACUCCAAGACGCCGAGCGCCAGCAAGAGCAGUGGUUCAACCAGACCAUGGCAAAGGCUUCCAAGGCUGAGGAGCCCCGACACAUCCAGUGGGCCGACAGCAUUGCUGAGGAGCUCGACGACGACGAAGACGACGACGAAUCCGUUUCCGACUCCGACUCGGACAACGAAGACGACUUUGACAUGAUCCCCAUGCCCCGUCGCAUCGCCGCAGCACCCGUUCAAAUCAGCACAAUGGAGGUUGACGGAGACGACUCGGAGGACGAGGACGACUUCUACGACGACAUGGAAGACCACUCUGAACUCGCUCUUACCCGUGUACCUUCGCAAUCGCAAUCACCACCCGAGCUCACAUUCGAAGACGAGUCGGACGACGAGUCGCCACCCACAUCACCACCACAAUCAACGCUCAACUUCUCCGACAAGGAGGGCAUGCUCACGACGACAUUCUACGACACCAAGACCAAGCCACAAUACCUGGAACACGACCAGCCACUAUUCAUGGACACCAGCUCUCCGCUCAUCUCAAGUUAUUAGGCCAGCACAUUGGACAUGUUCCGACCUCAUGAUUUCCGAUCCAGCAUUUUUUAGCGAGCGAGUCAUUUUUACAGCAUAGCGUGGCAUUUUCUUGGGCAUGAUAUCCUUUGUAUGUUUUCUUUUUGUUAUUGACAAGGCUUUGUUUGUUUGUUUGUGGGUAUAUUGGCAUGGACCGCAGGGCGGUGAGAAGUGUCAACAAGGACAUCAGGAAGCUACUACUCUACUCUGGAGCAUUGGUACUAUGGGAGGACAGAGACAUUUGGGGACAUUUUGGUACCGGCGGUUUGACAUCUCCCAAGCAGAUUGGUCGAGACUCCCGCCCUUAGCUAGAACAUGAAUCAAAGAUCAAUCAUGGUACUACU